AAAACCAGUCUGAAUAGAUAAACAAAUACAAAGUACACUGCGGAAGUGGACCUAUAAAUUAAACAGAAGCGUCCGCAUUCUGUUGUUUAUAUGAUGAACACUUCGUAAAACGGACCUAAAACCAGUGGUGGUGAGAUAAGACAGCUUUUUAACUAGGCGGUGGGUUUGCCUGGGCUGUGUGAGUAGAUUUAAAGCUGCCUGAUUAUAAGUUCGUUAGGGCAGGCCUGCUGUAUGUUGUUAAACAACACUGCUGUGGAGCUAGGGUAGGCCUAUGCGUAUAUGAGGAUUAGUCCUACUACAAAAACAAACUGAUGUAAUAGGAAUAGCAGUCAGUGCUGUCUGCAUGGUCUAUUGGUAUUGAGUUCCGUUGACUGGAUAGCUUAAUUGCCAUGGCAGUUUCAAUGACAAACGAAGAAGGCAAUAACUGCUUUCACGAAUUAUUGAGAAGUGCAGAUUGUGAGGAUGAAAUCGAGAUAGAAGAAAAACUAAUAGAAUUUGUUGACAAAUCUACAAAGGAAUGCAUAAUAUCCCUAAUAAACCAACGAAAUGUAUGUGGAAACACACCAUUGAUGGAACACAUGUUGUGCGAAGAGCCCAGCUUGAAACUUGUUUCACAUACAAUCAAGUUUGGUUGUGAUGUUAAUAUUGCAAAUAAUCUUGGGAUGACACCUAUUCACAUACUAGUCAGUAAACAAUGCAUUCCUAAAAGAUUACUAGAUGACGAGUAUCUAGGAGUGGCAGAGAGAAAUAUUGUAAAUGAACGGAAUCAAAACGAAAAGGCUGUUAUGAAAGCUAUCAUUGAUGUAGGUGGUAAUGUCAAUCAACAGGACUUGUUCGGUAGAAGUCCUUUGUUUUUAGCCAAUGACUUAGAAGUUAUUCACAUGUUAAUCCAAAGUGGUGCAGACGUAAAUAUGACUGACAAAUGGGGAAGAACACUGCUUCAUUCUGUUUUAUCAAUGCCAAAUUACAAACAUCUAGCACGUUUUUACUUGAAGAAACUCAAUUCAAAACUUUUAUGGCAAGCUGACAUAUUUGGUUCAACACCACUUCACUAUUGCGCUAUCUUAUCUCGAGAAGACAUGUUUCAUGAAUUGAAAGGACAUAUGCCCUGCAUUAGUUUAGAAGACAGCCAAAGAAACAAAGCCAUAGAUAUUUUACAACGCAGGAUGUCAUAUCGUGAACAUAGGGAUGACACUAAAGAGGGUGUAGAUGUUCUUCACUACAAAGACGUUAUCAACAAAAAAGAUGCAUUGGCUGGUAUCAAACAAAUAACUGAAUCUUUGAUAAAAAGUGUACUGAAUCAGCCUGGUUAUGGAGAACCUUGGGAUGAGAAAGAAAGUACUUUAAUCGUGAAAACAAUUGUAGAUUUUGCACAAUAUAUGUGCAGACGUAUAGGUGAAAUGGAUGAAAGGUUGAAAUGUUCCCUUUUCCGAACUGGGAGUUCAGCGGAAGAAACUAAAAUUUCUGAUCCAACGGAAUUUGACUUUGUAUUCUGUCUUACAAAUUUUGCAGACCUGUGUCGAAUUGUAGAAGUAGAAGACAAAAGAGGUUUUGCUGAAGUACAAGCUGAUGAUAUACCAGAGAACUAUGAAAGCUUUUUUUGUUGCAAUAAAAAAUGCAACGUGCCAGAAAUUCGAUUUGCAUUUUCAAAAAUACUGAAGCGGUUACUUUCAGACGACAAUACAUGGAAAAGCCCAAAUCUGUAUUUUGAUGGGAAUGUGCAUCAUUUAGAAGAAUACGAUAGGCCAGUAUUAACAUUAAAACUUCGGUGGUUUGGUUGCUUGUACAAAGAUGAAGAAAUAAGUCUUGAUAUUGUUCCAGCUAUACAAAAAAAGGGGUGGUGGCCUUCCGAUACUGAAUUCGGAAAUCUAACUUUGAUGACACAAGAAAUAAAAGAUGAAGGUUGCUUACUAUUACUCCAGAAUCCAUACUUACAGUCUGACACGUUAUUAAGAAUAUCCUGUUCGCCAGCGGAGAUAUGUUUGAUAAAAUCUCUACCGCUCUAUAUCAAGGAAAGUUAUAGGCUAUGCAAAUUACUCAAGCACAAAUCUAUUUGCCCCCGGCUGGAUCCUGAUUCUGAAUCAGAUGUUUUUCCAAAAUUUGAAGCAGAGGAUAGCAUUACCAGUUACAUGCUGAAGAACAGUCUGUUCCACAUUUUAAGUACCGAUUCCAUUACUCUAAAAACCAAACACACACCUGAUUUUAACAAAUCAGUAAUUAACUUGGCUGGAAAAUUGUUAACCUUCCUAGAUCAUUCUACAAUGCAUGAAACCCUACCUGUUUAUUUUAUACCUAACAGACAAGAUAUCUUUAUGUUCGAUUUUUCUGAAAUUGACAACUUAGAUGAACCUUCCGUUAAAGGACUUAAUAAUUUUCAUUGCUUGCGUCGCCAUGCUUUUUUGAAGAUAAUGUUGCAUAUACUAGGACUGAAAAAACAAGAUACAGCCGCUGACAAUGUGAAAGGUGAAUUCAUGUAAUGACAAUCAAGUGCAUCAUGCGAACAUGCCUAUCUAGUGCAGCAUGCCUUUGCAUGUAUUAAUAUAAGCGUAGUAGUAGAAACUGAGAGAACUGAACUAAGCACAAGAUUUGAUUUACAAAAAAAGACAUUCAUCACAUUUUGGUUAUAAAACCGACUUUCAAUAUCUGUGACUGGCAGUCCAGAGAAACCCUUCUUCUUGUUUUACGUGGGACAAAAAAAGGCAUUUUGAAAUAAUAGAUAUUAGUAACGGCUCUACGCAACCGUACUUGGCAGGAUUGUUAAACACAACCAUAAAAUUUUCUAAAAUACCAUAUUUUCCAAUGGCUGGUCACCACAGAAAUUACUGACACUGAUUAAUAUUAACGACAACAGCGUGUAAUUAUUUAAAUUUGCAUAAUCGUGAAGACAUUGUCUUUAAUGUCUAUCCUGAAGAAUGGAAAUGAAUUGUCACUGCUAUUUUAGUUUUCUGCAAUUUUACGAUACUAGCUGUGUACCCAUCCUUCGGAAGGGUAUAAAACUAGUUUGUUAAUGGUUUUGUUGUGUUUAUUGUCAUAUGUGGUUUGCUUCUAAGACAUGGCAUGAGUUGGGACAGAGAAUGACUGUAUUUGAGUUAUGAAGUGUAGUUAGUGUGUGUGUAUAAUUUUUAAAGAAAAUAAUGGGCAACAAUGCUUUUGAAUAAAGAAUAUAAAAGUUGUAA